GGUGAGGAGUACGCUUCGAUUGGUGACCCCAACAUGGUGCUCAACAAGUGGGCAGUCGUGACGAAGAGCGCCCCACCGGCGGCCGGCCUGCGUCCGCUGGGCCGCGUCAUCUCUGCUCACCCCAAGCUCCGCCCGGCGGACUACAAAGUCCCUUACGUUCUCCGCAGCUUCAUCAAAGACCGUCACCUGAGCGAGAUGCAGCACAUCGAGAAUCGUGGUAUGUAUCGUGAAGAGCUCGCCAUUGAGCGGUCACGGUUUCCGCGGAUGCACAAGACACUCGUGAUUCAAACUGACGGCGCGCUGAACGAGCGUGAGUUUGAGUUCGCGGUGCCGCCAGUGGUGACAGUCUUCCAAGACCGCCUCUCAGCGCACCGUCAGCGUCAAGUAGCCUUGGCGAAGAUCGGCAAACUGAAGCGGCCGAAGAGCUGGGAGACGACGGUGAAGGGCAAGGAGUCGCUGAACCCUGUGUGCAACGCGUUGGUGUUUCCGUACUGUGUGCCGAAGAAGAUGCUGGUGCGGCCGCGCCUCGUGGAUCCACUGAGCUCAAAGAGCAUGACAGAUAGCCGCAAUAACGAGGACUCUUCGUAA